AUGGGUGAACAGAGUGGAAUUAUCGACAGACUGCCCCAAGCCACGCCUGAAGUGUACGUGUUCAAUCGCACAGAAUCUGCCCAGAAGACGACUUCAUACUCUCUGGGAAACAGCCCCUACAGCCAUGGCCAGGGUGGAUAUAUUCCUCCAUACCACCAACAAGCCGACUAUUACCGUGCUCCGGCUCCCGGAUUUUAUCAGACUCAGAAUGAAGUGGUCGGAGCCGAAGGCGAGCGAGGUCUCGGUGCUACCGUCGUCGGUGGUGGUGCUGCCGGCUGGGCUGCCCACAAGGCAGGCUCCGGUAUGUUCGGCAGUCUUGCCAGCGCUGCUGCUGGCGCGAUAGGCGCUAACUUUCUCGAGAGCAAGCUGAAGAAGCACCGCAACAAGAAGCACGACAAACAUUAG